UGAUCAUGUUGAGUGCGGAGGGAUACUUCGUACAAGCCGCAAAACAAGUUCUCUUUUCCUCUCUCCACCUUCUCCUCCUUCCCUUCCCUCCUUAUCCAGUUCAGCUCCUGCUUGGCUUCAGUGCGGCAAGAAGAGGAGCUUGCAAUCCCUUUGCUAGGAUCGUGGGCAGCCGCUUCUGCACGAGCUGCAGCGGCGGCGGCAGCACCACCAGCAGCAGCGGCAGCAGCAACAGCAGCAACAGCAGCAGCAGAGGGUGUUUUUUUUUUUCGGGUUUUUUUUUUUUUCCUGUUGGACUCAGUCGUUUUUGGAACUACCUACCAGUGUCAUCUCCAGAAGAUGAACCUUUUCUUUGCUUUCUACUUGCUGGGAUUGUUUGUCAGUAACGGGCAAGCUCUUCUACAAGUGACAAUUUCACUUAGCAAAGUAGAAAUUAGUGUUGGUGAGUCCAAAUUCUUCACAUGUACAGCAAUUGGAGAACUGGAAGAUAUAGAUUGGUACAAUCCUCAAGGAGAGAAGAUAGUUUCUACACAGAGAGUAGUGGUACAAAAAGAAGGUGCUAGGUCCCGACUAACUAUUUAUAAUGCAAAUAUAGAGGAUGCUGGAAUAUACCGGUGUCAAGGAACAGAUACUAAGGGACAGACUCAAGAAGCUACAGUUGUUUUGGUGAUUUACCAAAAACUCACUUUCAAAGAAGUGGCAUCUCCUCAAGAAUUUAAACAAGGAGAGGAUGCAGAAGUGGUUUGCCAAGUUAGCAGCUCACCUGCACCCAUUGUUAGCUGGUUGUAUCAUAAUGAGGAAGUCACUACACACUCCAACAAUCGAUUUGCUAUGUUAGCAAAUAAUAAUCUCCAGAUCCUUAAUAUAAACAAAAGUGAUGAAGGAAUAUACAGAUGUGAAGGAAGAGUGGAGGCUAGAGGAGAAAUUGACUUUCGAGAUAUCAUAGUUAUUGUUAAUGUUCCACCAGCAAUUACAAUGCCACUUAUAUUCUUCAAUGCUACUGCAGAUCGACAAGAAGAAAUGGUGUUACCUUGUAGGGCUACUGGCUCACCUGAGCCAAAUAUCAGCUGGUAUAGGAAUGGCAAGCUUAUUGAAGACAAUGAAAAAUAUACAUUGAAAAAAAACAAUACUGAACUAACUGUCAGGAAUAUCAUAAAUAGUGAUGGGGGUCCUUACGUCUGUAGAGCCACAAACAUAGCAGGGAAAGAUGAAAAGCAGUCAUUCCUACAAGUCUUUGUACAACCUCACAUAAUACAACUUAAAAAUGAAACGACAUUUGAGAAUGGUCAGAUAACACUUAUAUGUGAGGCAGAAGGAGAACCCAUUCCUGAAAUCACGUGGAAAAGAGCUCUAGAUGGAAUAACUUUUUCUGAAGGAGACAAGAGCCCAGAUGGCCAUAUUGAAGUCAAAGGGCAACAUGGAAGAUCGUCACUGCACAUUAAAGAUGUGAAGUUGUCAGAUUCAGGGAGAUAUGACUGUGAAGCUGCAAGUAGAAUUGGUGGGCACCAAAAAAGCAUGUACCUUGAUAUUGAAUAUGCUCCCAAAUUUGUAUCAAACCAAACAAUCUAUUAUUCUUGGGAAGGAAAUCCCAUCAACAUAAGUUGUGAUGUGAAAGCUAAUCCACCAGCAUCAAUCCUUUGGAGUAGAGAAAAGUUAUUUUUGCCAUCCAAAAAUACCACCAAUUUAAAGACUUACAGUGCAGGAAGAAAGAUGAUUCUAGAGAUUGCACCUACAUCUGACAGUGACUUUGGACGGUAUAAUUGCACUGCCACAAACCGAAUUGGAACAAGAUUUCAGGAAUAUAUUCUUGCUUUGGCUGAUGUACCAUCCAGUCCUUAUGAAGUAAAAAUUAUAGAGUUGUCACAAACUAUUGCCAAAGUUUCUUUUAACAAACCAGACUCUCAUGGUGGUGUACCUAUUCAUCACUAUCAAUUGGAUGUAAAAGAAGUGACUUCAGAAACAUGGAAAAUCUUCCGCUCCCAUGGAAUUUCAACAACGGUUGUUUUAAGCAACCUAGAACCAAAUACAACCUAUGAAAUCAAGGUUGCAGCUGUAAAUGGAAAAGGUCAAGGGGACUACAGUAAAAUUGAGAUCUUUCAAACAUUACCAGUCCGUGAACCAAGUCCUCCAUCAAUCCAUGGACAGCCUAGCAAUGGAAAGAGUUUUAAACUUAGCAUAAUGAAACAAGAUGACGGAGGGGCACCCAUUUUGGAAUAUAUUGUGAAAUAUAGAAGUAAAGAUAAGGAAGAUCAGUGGCUUGAGAAAAAAGUUCAGGGUAAUAAAGAUCACAUAGUUUUGGAACAUUUACAAUGGACCAUGGGGUAUGAAGUACAAAUUACAGCUGCAAAUAGACUUGGAUUCUCUGAACCAACAGUAUAUGAGUUCAGUAUGCCACCAAAACCCAAUAUAAUUAAAGACACGCUUUUUGAUGGCUUUGGACUUGGUGCAAUCAUUGGCAUAGGAGUUGCCGCACUUCUACUAAUUUUUGUGAUAACUGAUGUUAGCUGCUUCUUUACCCGACAAUGUGGAUUGCUAAUGUGCAUUACUAGAAGAAUUUGUGGAAAGAAAAGUGGUGCCAGCAGCAAAAGUAAAGAUCUAGAAGAUGGAAAAGCUGCAUAUUUGAAAGAUGGAUCAAAAGAACCAAUAGUGGAAAUGAGAACAGAGGAUGAAAGAAUUGCCAGUCAUGAAGAUGGAAGCCCAAUAAAUGAGCCAAAUGAAACCACUCCACUCACAGAACCUGAAAAACUACCAUUAAAAGAAGAAAAUGAAAAAGAGGUUUUAAACCCAGAAAUCAUAGAAGCAAAAAUGUCCAUUGAUACAACUCAGUCAAAAGAAGAUGGCAAAGCGUAACAGGAAGACUAACACAGCAAGAACAACAACAACAACAACUUCAAACUGAAGUGACCCUGUAACCAAAACUAAACAGCUCCCCUUAAUUUCUUGGGCAACUUUUUUAUUGAUACUCUAUAGAGAUGAUCAAAUUAUUCUGGUCCAUAAUAUCUUUUAAUUUUUGUUUAUUUUGCCUCCAUGUGUAUUCCUGGCUGACAAUUCUAAGCUAUCAUUUUGAUCAAUCCAGUGAAGUACUACAAUUUAUUAUAAAAACUACAUUAUUAAAAUAUAAUUCUAACCACAGACUAUUCCAAAUAAGAAAAAAAUCAUACAGUCAAGUUAAACUAAUAAGAAAAAAAGCAUUGUGUUUUCUUGAAUCUGGUCUUUAAAAUAAUAGGUCACCUUUAAAGGAAAAGUGAAGAGGCUUACUAAAGUUCAUUUGAGUAUAAUGAGAAACUCAGUAUACCUAUGGCUUAAAGGGAUAUUCUAAUUCUUUUUUAGUAAUAACUGACAAGACUUGAGAUUUCUAUAUAACUACAGUGCAGGUCCAUGAUUGACCUUUAAUAGAGUGAAAAACUAAUCAGCAUGUGAUACAGAUCAAAAUGGUUGUAUUUUGAUGAAAAAGAUAUUUUUGCCAUAUUUGAAAGUGUGGCUUAGAAAAUUCUCAUGUUUUCUGUUAUUUAAACAUAUGCCAUAUCCAUUAUGAAAAGAUAAUGUUUAAACUGAAACACUAGGAAUCAAAAUGAAAAAUAAAUUUAUUGUGGGGGCUUCAAAUAAACUUAAGUGGAAACAUUCAGCUUGUAUUUAGGUUAUUUUCAUUUUAUUUUACUUUUAGUGUUUUUAUCAGCUCAAGGAGCCAUGAUUUUCAAACAUAUCAAAUGACAUCACCUGUAUUUUUUACAGAUAUAUCUUAGUCUUUAUCAUGCAUAUUUUAAGAUUGUACUUUACCAACUUUAAAUGUCUGUUCAUGAAUGAUUUGAAGUAAAAAGAAUAUAAGAAAUACAAUUUGACUAAAAUCCAAAAAAAAAUUUAAUGGGUAAAUAUUUCAUUUUGUUUCAUCCUUUAUAUUUGUAUCUUCACAUUCUAGCACACUGCUAGCACAGAGUUGGCACUUAGUAAAUUUCUGUUGAUUGGCUGAUUAAUAUGUAGUGUAAGUCAAUGUAUCUUUUCAGUAAGCAUUUUUACUAUGAAUAUUAAUUUUGUUCAUUCUAAAUAUAGUAGCUUAUAUAGAUAUAAUUUCUUGAUCAGCUAUCUUUUCUCUUGAAAGUCCUUAUAUAUUCAAUAUAGAUAUGCUAAUGUCACUUGUUUGGAAUAAAUUUAUUUUAGACCCUAAUCCAGAAUAAAGUAUAUCUAUGCAAAGUUCCCAAAGGAAAAAAAAAGACUGAUUAUUAAAUGUGGCCUUUAUACAAGGCAAAUUAACUAUGUAUAUCUCUAAAUAGAAAUACACCCAUAAAAGUUACAUGUAUAUAUAUGCUAUAUGUGUGUUUGUGUUUACACACACAAACACACACACAUGACUACAUGUAUCUGUAUAUAUCUAUAAUCUAUUGGGAGCAAGUUUUAAACUAUCCCUACUCCCAAAGUAUCAAAAUUCUCUUCAGCAUUUCAAGUGAUGUUUUGUAACUCUGAUUUUGAAGUGGUAGAAGGUGUCUUCCUCAUCUUUGACUGCUUAGAGAAAUGAUUCUAAAAGAGCAGCAGGUGAAUUUUAACACCUGUCAAGAAUGGCUGCUCUGGAACCUCGUUCUCUUAAGGUAAUGAAUAAAUAAAAGUAUUAUGCCAGCAAGAAGCUCCAGCUUCAGUUUCAGAUUAAUUUCCUGAAAUAUCAUCAAGCAAAAACAACUAGUUUUUAACCAUUCCACUACCAUUUUGGAUACUGGUAAGACAGAACUCAUUUUUAAGGCAAUGAGAUGCUGAUUAGCCAUAACUCCAAAAAUGAAAAUUGGAAAUAUAUUAAAUCAUUCCUUCAUAUCUACUAUGACACUUUCUCAAGAAAGAAUAUUGUUAUUGCUAUAAAACUACUGUGGAUUAUGUCUAUAUCACAAACCAAUUAAACAAUCCUUCCAGCCUUGACUGUGUAACCAGUUGUUUGACUAACAACUUUCUAAAUUAAUUUGUUGUGAUGACAGUCAUAUCAUGAGAUAGUUGUGUUUUGGGAGAUUAACUUUUCCUGGAUCAGGCUCUAAAUUGGCAAAUUAUGAAUAGUGAAGGACUUAGAAAAACUGAAAUGUCUAGAUAGCACGUUUAUCACUGUAACACCUGAGUCUAACUAGACUGGACAGUUGAGUAACAGGUGCUUGAGCCUUUCUGCUCCCAUUUCCCUCUGGAAAGGGGCCUUCCCCUAAACCUUGUCUGUUAUCCUUAUAAGGGAUAGGGAUGGGAGGGAGGGAGUUUAUGGUCUGAUCUUUUUUUUUUCAGCCCUCUCUCCCCUGCUCCCUCCUUCUCUAGAGAUGUAAUCAGUCAUAAUCUAUUAUAACAAUUAGCUGGUUUUUAGCCGAAGAGCAAAUAUAAUGAUAUCCAAGUCCAAAUGGGCCCUUUCCAUGCUAUUUUAUGGAGUUAAUAUCAAAUGAAAAUUUAUUAAUGCAAUCUUAAUAGCCCAGAACUUAUUAGAGUUAGUCAAAUUUUGACAGAGGUUUGGCUCUCUGCCAUAAUUAAUUUUUUUUCUAUUUCCAGUAAUCCCUAGCUACCUCCAUUCCCCUUUUCUCAACAUGAACUAAGUAUACCGUUCAAAUUGGCAUGGCCAAACCCAGGUUUCUUUAUUUAUGAAGCAAAAUCAAGAUACAGGAAACACAUAAAAGAAGAAAGAAGAAUAUAAAACAGUAUCUGGUAGCGAACAGGCACAGGAAAGGGAAAAUGAGACAAAAAUAGACCUUUUGGAACUUCCCUCAGCCCUUGAAGAGAGGAAUUACAAUUCACUGCCAAAUGCCUAAAGGAUCGCAAUAGCUCCACCUCCAUCUCUCUUUGCUACAGUUUAGCUGGCUGUUUUCUUCACCUAUUGCCCAUGUAUCACUGAGAAGGGAAGCUUCUUCUCAUCUCAGUUAAUUAAGUCCUAUGUGGAGCUGAGAAUCAUCCUGACAGCAUUGCUCCUGCUCAACUCGUGCAGUACUUCCUCUCAGUCUGUGUGGCUUUUUCAGAAUUCCCAAAUGUGAUUCAAAGUAUGCCUUCCAGCCCAAAGAUUAUUUUACUCAAAAUGACUCUCAGCGCUGAGAGGACAUGCUUGUCCAGAAACCACAAAUCCCAGAAUGCGAGUCCCUUCUCUAACCCAUUUUUUAUAUUAUACUUCUGCUAUACUCUGAGAAAAAGUGACAGAGUCGUGCAUUGUAUUAACAAGAAUGUUGUUUUUCUCACUUCCUUGGGCUAUAUGGGAAAGAUUAAUCAAUGGAAUUUUUUCCUUUUUAUCCAUAGUUCAACUUCUUGUCACUCUUAAUAGAUGACAAUCUGAGAGGAAUAGUACCUGAGGCUAAACAGAGGCAUUUCCAGGUAUAACCCAUUUUUUUCCUAAGUGGUUCAUACCUCUUGUCCUUAGAAUCAGUGCCAUGUAAGAUCAAGACAAAACACUGACUGAUUCUUUACACUGCAAUAGAAUGGUCACAUAUGUCUUUAUUUGUAAAAGUUUCCUAAUAAAAGAUGGCUUAUAGUAAUUUGUAAGAUAAACAUAGAACUGAAAUAACAUUUUUUCCUCAGUUUUCUUUUCUUAUUUUAGACUGAAGUUACAUGGAUAGGAGUAUAAAUAUCACUUUUACUGUCUGAGAAUAAUAUUAUGUUAGUAUAAAUUUUCAGAAGAGUUGACUGAAUAUAACUGACAAGAUAGAUAAAAUAAUCUGAAUUAUAUAAUUUUUUAAACUAGAAUCUCAUUUCAAGCAUUGGCAGUUCUUGGUAAUUUAAAUUAAAAUGGGCAAUGACAAUCACAUUCAAGAAGAGAUUAAAGGAAAGAGUAAGGUCAGAAUUAUAAGGUCUUAGAAGGCUACUUGGAGGCCAUCAAGUUCAAACCCCUUAUUUUACAGAUGAAGAAACUGAGGCACAGAGAAUCUAAGUGACUUGCCCAGGGACGUACAGCUAGUACAUGGGGCAGACUUUGAACCCAGUUCUUAUUUACUGCAAAUCUAGUACUCUUUUCACUAUUUCAUGCUGCAUCUCUAAAUUUUCCUUUACAUCAGCAUGAAUGAAUUUGUUAUCAUAUUAUUAAAAUUAUUUUCAAAGAAAUUUUAUGGAACCAAUAAUACGCACACAUAUAUUAUAUAUAUAUAUAAUUAAUUAGAUCAGAAACAUUACUAUUCUGUUGAUUCUAAUGCUUAUUGUUAAUAAGUUAAUUCAUUUAGUCUUUGUAACUUUAAUUCAAAGUAAAAAGCUACAUUAAAAAUUUAUCUAGCCGGGGCAGCUAGGUAGUGCGGUGGAUAGAGCACUGGCCCUGGAUUCAGAAGGACCUGAGUUCAAAUUCGGCCUCAGACACUUAACACUAGCUGUGUGACCCUGGGCAAGUCACUUAACCCCAAUUGCCUCACCAAAAAAAAAAAAUUAUAUAGUCAAUCCUACUUGAGAUUAUUUUCUGAAUUGAGUAUUAGCUUUAAUUCAACAGUCAUUAAUAAGUACCUAAAAUGUUUAUAAGGCAUUGUGGUAGGUUCUGGGGACAAAAUGGGGGAAAAAAUGAAAUAGCAUCUGACAUCAAGAAACUUAGCUGAAAGAAACAGAUAAAAAACUCAUUUUGCAAGUGUCUUUUAUUCAUAAAUAAAUAAAUUAUUUAAGGGCCAUAUACUGAAUUUUAAAACUUAAGUCUUGCUUGUUUUUUCUAUUCUUCUAAAAAUAACUAGUAUGUAUUUGUGCUUCUGAUUGAUAUAAAAUUGUUUUAUUAAAGGAAAAACACUUUCAAUUUUCCCAUAAAUCUUGUUUAAAAUAUUUUCAACCUUUAUUGAUAAAUUUUUGCCUAAAGAUAUGACACUUUGAUGAUAUGUUUAAAUUUAUUUUCACUGGAAACUUUAUUUUUAGUCUUCAGUGUACAUAAACUUUCACAAAUAUGAAAUCUAAAACAACAAUUGAAAUACACAGGGUGAUUAUGAAGUCCAAGUGCAACUUUAAGCUUUAAUAACUUUGACAUACAUAUGAUAGAAGCACACAAUAAAUAUUACAUAAAAACUGGCAUAUUAAUGUGUUAAAGGAAUAGUCUAUUUUUUAACCUUCACUAUUAUCGCCAUCAUUCGUGACAUUUUUUCAAAGAAGUUUUAAGUUACUGCACAGUAAUUUCAUGAAUUGAAUUUAUGAAAAGAAAUGGAAAUUAACACAAAAUGAACAAUAAUACAUAAAAUUUAAGAAUUCACCUUUUAUGUCAUUUACAAUGUACUUUUAUCAUGUAUAUACCUAAAGUGUUUAAAGUUGUACAAAGAUUUUAUAAGCACCCUUUUUUGAACUUUUCACUGCAAGAUUAAUCUUUUUUGGUUGUUUUUUAAAGUGUAUCCAUAUACUGAUUUCUUUCAGAUUCUGUUGAAACUAAAAUUUAUCAAUUGUGAGGAAUAGCCUCAACACUGUGACUAAAAGUUAUUGUUUAAAAAAAUUUUAAGUUGGUUUUAAAAAAGCAUAAUGUAGGUCUUUUUUUCCUGUUUCAAUUUAAAAUAUAAUUUAAGACCACAAACUUUCUCUCGGUGUUAUUGAUGGGGGUGGGAGUGAGAGAGAUUGGAUUGGAACACACUCCAUGGAGCAUGCAUGAGACUGGACCUCCAGGGUCUACCUCAGGGAGCUUGAAUGGAGCUGUGCCUGUAUACUUCCCCACCCUAACUCCUACACUAAAAAGUCAAGCAUCUUGAAGAAUUAAUAGAUUUGAUCUUUUCGAUUCAAAUAAUUGGAGUAUAUUGCUGACUUUACAGACUAAAAGAAUGCUAAAUUUUACUUAUACUCUGCUUUUUGCAAAAUGUAUUUUGCUUUUAAAUUUGGAAAUAUUAAAAUGUUAAUUUCAAAUUCUUCUUACAGACCUUUCUAUAGAUUCGAAUUGGCCCCUUAGAUACAAUAAAAACAAAACACUGAGUAAGAUUAUGAAAUUUUUCAACAGAAAUAUCCUAAUAUUAAUUUUGUCUUUAAAAAAGAAAGGUUUUGUAUACAUUGAAAUGUUUUUUUUAAUUCCUGCCUAAAGUAGUUUCCCUCACUGAAAAUAAUAUUUAGGGAAGUUUUGUAAACAUAUACUAUGAUCUAAAAUUUAACACUUGGUAAGGGUAAACUAGUAGCAAGAAUAAUUUCAAUUCUAACAGUUUAAUGUAAUGGAAAUAUUUCAAGCAAAACUAAGAUAUCUGAGUUAUUACUGUAUUCCCAAAUGAAAUUAGAACAUUUAAAAAUAUAUUUACUAGUAUAUAUUCCAUAUUAUUAGAAACCAAUACCAGAAACAUUUUAAUGUAAUAAGUGAUUUUCCCCUAAAAAUAAAAGUCCAUAACUUCAUAUGAAGUAAACAAAAUUUUAAGGCUUGAUUUUUAUUUUUUAUAAAUUGUUGCAUCCUAUACUAUAAUAUUCAAUUUUUAAAAAAAAAUUUCUUAAGAUGAUUCAUCAUUUCAUAUAUUGGCCAAUAAGUUGAGUAAAAUAUUCAGAAAAUUCUGUUUUGCAAAUGUUUGGAGAAAUUACAAUAUUUCUGCUACAUAAUGUAUAUUUAAAAAAUUUUAAGCAUGACUAAAUUAAAGAAUGAUCAAUGUUUAUUUAUAUUUAAAGAAUCUUUCAAACUCUGAUAUGAGUUUAUAUGAUUAAGACUAAAUAUAUGCAAACAGAUUUGAAUUGGUGUAUAUGAAUAUUAUUUUCAAAGAAAAUUUAAAAGAAAGAAAUACUGAACUAAAUCUGAGGGAGAAAAAAGCUUAGAUGUUGAGCCUAGACUGAAAAACAGGAGAGUUAACAAUACACUAAAGAGACCCAGUGAUUCUAUUUUGUAUAACCCAUGAUUCAAGCUUGCUACAUUUGCAUAAAACUCUUCUCCUUAGUGAGUAGAAUAAUUAUUACUCAAUGCUAAUGUGCCUGUGUGAAGGGCAAAGUUGGCUCAAGAGCUUGGGAGAAAAAACUUUCUCCUUGGUCUUUAAGUAGGCAAGCUUGAAAUCAAAAACGUUCAAAUCAGAAAUAUGUUGGAAAGAGAAGGGAACUUUCCCCUAUAUGUCUACCUUACAAAAUCUGUGUGUGUGUGUGUGGCGGGGGGGGGGGGGGGUCCCAUGGUAUAGAACCAUAAGGAUCCUCUCUUGAAGCGUGAUACAAAAAGAAAAUCUCUUCUUUCAAACUUUUAAGCAAAUUCCAUCCCCUCAUUACUCAACACAGUGUUGAAUAAUAGUUCUCUCUACCAAUUAGAACAAAUACAACAGGACUGAACUCCAGGUUACAAUCAUAAGUAAGUUGAUGUAGGGACUAUCACAUAACAUAAAAGGCACUGUGUUUAAGACAUCACAAAUCUUGGUUCCUGACCCUUGAAAGAAUGUUGUUCAUGGUGUAGAGUUUGCCUUUAGACCUUGCUAUGAACAUGUAAACUAUUAGAAAUAAAGACACUUGAAACACUUGGUAUGUGUUUUCCAUUGUGUGUAUAGUACAUGUUAAAUACAUGUCAUCUUUCAAUAGAAUUUACUUAACAUGCAUACUUGGAGUGUAUACUACUCAAAUUCUGUGUUAAAAAGUAAGCUAUCACAAGGUUAGUUCUUUGUUUUAAACUACUAUGUCCCUUUGAAAUGCUGUAAAUGUAUAUUUAAACUAAACUGUAAAAAUUAUGCUGAGAAUGUUGAGGUUUUUGUAUUUAUGAAAUACAUUGAAAGUAUGACUUACAGUAUAUCAAAAUUAUUUGUCACUCUUCACCAUUUGUAAAUUAAUAGUAAAGAUUCUCUUACUUUAAUAAAGUGUUGCAUUUAUAUUAAUUUUGGAAAAUCA